AGUCCCAGCAGCGCCACCUGUCAGUGUCCAUCAAUGCCAGCUGUCAGUGCUCAUCAAUGCCGCCUGCCAAUGCCCAUCAGUGCCCAUCAAUGCCACAUAUCAGUGCCCAUCUGAGCUGCCUUUCAGUGUCACCAAUCAGUGCCAGUCAGUGCCACCAAUCAAUCGAUGCUGUCAAUCGGUGCCACCUAUCAGUGCCAGUCAGUGCCGCCUAUCAGUGCCAGUCAGUGCCACCUACCAGUGCGCAUCAUCAGUGCUGCCUAUCAGUGCGCAUCAGUGUCGCCUAUCAGUGCCCAUCAGUGCCACCUAUC